AUGAUCAGUGAUAAUAUAGAUGUUAUAGAAGGAAAGAGUCAGAGUGUCAACUGUUUAGCUGAUUGUAAUCCAGAUUGUAACAUCACCUGGUAUAAAGAUGGUUCAACAACAAUUCUAAAUAACACUUUAUCACUUAGUACUAGAGAUCAAACUGGUUCUUAUACCUGUACAGUUAGACAUACUGUAUUAAAUAAACAACUUACAAAACAACUUAAUGUCCAGAUUUAUUAUGGGCCUGAUAAACUUACUUUCUCACCAGAUGUAACAAGUAUCAAUAUAACAGAAGAUGGUCCUGAUAAACUUACUUUCUCACCAGAUAUAACAAGUAUCAAUAUAACAGAAGAUGGUCCUGAUAAACUUACUUUCUCACCAGAUAUAACAAAUGGUCCUGAUGAACUUACUUUCUCACCAGAUGUAACAAGUAUCAAUAUAAUAGAAGGUAGAGAUCAAACUAUAACAUGUUUAACUGAUUGUUAUAAAUGUAAUUAUAAAUGGACUGGACCAAUUUCAUCGCCAUCUAAAGAUCUUGUAUUGACUGAAAUAAAAAGAAAUCAGGGAGGAAACUAUAGAUGUGAAGCUACCAAUAUUAAAAAUACCAUCCCUAAAACAAGAUCUAAAUCUAUACAAGUUAAUGUACAUUAUCCACCAUAUAUAACCAGUAUAACAUCUGAUGCUGUAAAUAACGAAACUGAUGAAGGUUCUGAUGUCACAUUUUACUGUAAUGUUAAUAGUAAACCAGUAUCUACUAUCACCUGGUCAUCUUCUACUAGUACUGAUACUAACACUGGUCAACAGUGGACAUUAACUCAAGCUAAAUGUCAGGUUACAGGAAUCUAUACAUGUACAGCUACUAAUGGUAUUGGUCAAUCAACUACUAAAUCCUUACCAUUAAAUAUUAGAUCUAAUAAUGGUAUUGAUCAAUCAACUACUAAAUCUUUACCAUUAGAUAUUAGAUCUAAUAAUGGUAUUGAUCAAUCAACUACUAAAUCUUUACCAUUAAAUAUUAGAUGUCCACCAAUACUUAAAGAAGAACUGAAGAAAGAAAUAAGAGGAAAAAUUGGAGAAAUGGUAUUAUUAGAAAUAAAUAUAGAAGCUUAUCCUGAACCAAGUUUUAUAUGGAAACAGUUGAUGUCUGAUGUAGAAUAUCCCUUUGCUAAAACUAAGAAAGUUUCUGAGAAUAACUUUAUAUCCACAUUAGAAAUAAUAUUAGACCAAUCUUCGUUUGGUUAUUAUAUAAUUAGUGUACAAAAUAUUAUUAAUAGUGAAACUAGAGCAAAUACCUUUGGAAUUAAAAUCAUAGAAGAAGAUUCUGGUAUUGGAAUUGGUUUUGGAACUGGUAUUGGUGUUGGUAUUGGAAUAUCUGUUGUUAUUGUAAUUCUUGUUUUACUGACAAUAUUUAUAUAUAGAAAAUAUCAUCCAGCCAAAAAGAAAUUACCAGAAGAAAGUUAUGCAACCUUUUCUAAUAGAAAUCCAGAAGAUAGAACAUAUGAAGAUUUAAAUACUCGUCCUGGAGUUUAUGAGAACGAUCUACAUAAUGCUGGAAGAAAUUAA